CUGCAGCUUCUAGGACCCAGUUUCUUUUACUGAUUUAAAAACAAAAUGAACAAAAAAAAAAUAAUAAUAAAAAAGUUGUGCCUGAAAUGAAUCCUGUUUUUUUUAAUAAGUAGCCCCGUGGUUCCAGUGCCCUGUUCAAUACAGGCACUUGAUCCUUGGUGUAGCUUCUGUUCAACUUUGUAUCACGGGAACGGAUUGGCCUGAUUUCUCGGCCUACAUCUUGAAUUGGCCCCAAACAGGGUCCCUGGCAAGUGGAGUGAAGGCUUUUUGUCUAACAAUGACAAGGGUCAGCUCAGGGGUUGUCGGGGAGGGCGCUUUCAUCUUCCCCGUUGUCAUUUGAGGUUUUGAACUCUGGGUAAAGAGGCCGUUUAUCUUUGUAAACACAAAACAUUUUUGCUUUCUCCGGUUUUAUGUUAAUGGCGAAAGAAUGGAAGCGAAUAAAGUUUUACUGAUUUUUGAGACACUAGCACCUAGCGCUUUCAUUAUUGAAAUGGGGGCGGGGCUGGACUGGGUGCGGCCGCCUGCAAGACUCUAGUCGUCGGCCCACGUGGCUGGGGCGGGGACUGGGGCGCCUUAGGCGCCUAGUGAUUACGUAGCGGGUGGGGCCGGAAGUGCCGCUCCCUGGUGGGGGCUGUUCAUGGCGGUUUCGGGGUCUCCAACAGCUUCUCAGGUUGAAGUCCAAAGCCUCCCGAGGCGGGGUCUGCGGAGUUUGAGGUUUUUGCUGGUGUGAAAUGACUGAGUACAAACUGGUGGUGGUUGGAGCAGGUGGUGUUGGGAAAAGUGCUUUGACGAUCCAGCUAAUCCAGAACCACUUUGUGGAUGAAUAUGAUCCCACCAUAGAGGAUUCUUACCGAAAACAAGUGGUGAUUGAUGGUGAGACCUGCCUGCUGGACAUACUGGACACAGCUGGACAAGAGGAGUACAGUGCCAUGAGAGACCAGUACAUGAGGACAGGCGAAGGGUUCCUCUGUGUAUUUGCCAUCAAUAAUAGCAAAUCGUUUGCAGAUAUUAACCUCUACAGGGAGCAAAUUAAGCGUGUGAAAGAUUCUGAUGAUGUACCCAUGGUGCUGGUAGGGAACAAGUGUGACUUGCCAACAAGGACAGUUGACACAAAGCAAGCCCACGAACUGGCCAAGAGUUACGGAAUUCCAUUCAUUGAGACCUCAGCCAAGACCCGACAGGGUGUGGAGGAUGCCUUUUACACACUGGUAAGGGAGAUACGCCAGUACCGAAUGAAAAAGCUCAAUAGCAGUGAUGAUGGCACUCAAGGUUGUAUGGGGCUGCCCUGUGCGCUGAUGUAGUAAGACGCUUUGAAAGUUCUGUCAUCAGAAGAGAGCCACUUUGAAGCUGCACUGAUUGAUGCCCUGGUUCUGACAUCGCUGGAGGAGACGUGUUCCUGCUGCUCUCUGCAUCUCAGAGAAGCUCCUGCUUCCUGCU